AUGAGUCACAAGACUAUGGAAUUGUCAGAGAAGGCCAUGCCUAGGAAUGUCUAUUCCCUCAGAACUAUUUUUCCAGCUUCAAGAUGUUCAUCCAGUUACACAUACAUUUUGCGGUAUCAAUCACAUUCUGUUGGCUCGACAAGCAAAUUGAAGCAAGACCAUUCUAGGAUGAUGGAGCAUGUGGAGGACAAAAACGAGACAGAAAGCAUAAAAGAAGGGGAAUUUAUCUCUGAUAAACCUCCCAAUGCUUCAGUCAAGAAUUCUAUGAAUGCAGACGGUGUCAUAUUGCAAGGGCAAUCACCUUUUGAUUGGUCUAAGAGCAAUAUUUUGAUCAAGAAUAUGACUGAAGAUUCUUGCCAAAUAAUAAUUAAAGAGGCGGAGAAGAGAGUUCAAUGUUCCCGUGUCCCCUAUCAUGAAGGAAAAGGUUUUAAGAGAAAGUGUCUUGGCAGGUCAGAUAUUGAGAUAGCAAAGUCUUCCUUUUCUGAGCUUAGAAGUGCGAAUGUUACACGCAAUGACAGACAUGAUUUGGCCCGAGAGAGAGUGAUUGCAACUUUAAGGCUCUACCGAGAUAUUUGUCAUGAGCUUGAUCGGGAAAAAUCGAAAGCACAUAAAGAUAGCACGUGUAUUAGAAGGAUAGAUUUUCACGCAGCAAAAGAGGUGAAAAAAAGAGCCGGAUACGUGCACGGUGCCUGGCAAUUCCUCGGAGACGUUCCAGGAGUAGAGGUGGGGGACAAGUUCCACUACAGGAUGGAACUGGCUAUUGUUGGGCUCCAUCGUCCUCCCCAGAGCGGCAUUGAUUACAUGGGACCUCACCCGAACAUCCUAGCCACAAGUGUUGUCGCUUCCUGGGAUUAUGCAGAUGAUCUAACAAAUUCUGAUGAGCUGGUUUAUUUGGGCCAGGGCGGCGGAAUGCCUAGUCGCAACAAGAAGGCUGAAGAUCAGAAGCUUACCCGAGGGAAUUUAGCUCUAGUGAACAGCAUGAAGAGGAACAAGCCAGUGAGAGUGAUCCGCAAGGAUUGGGAUGACAACUUCACAUACGACGGAUUGUAUGUGGUAGACAGGCUCCGGAAGGUAAGUAGAGCUAAUGGAAAGAUGGUCUUUGAAUUUAUAAUGAAGAGACUGCCGGGCCAAGCUGAGAUUAGAAGAAGAUGA